CCUCCUCUUGUGUGCACUUCAGCACUCCUUUUUUAUUUCUCAUUCACUUUGCUUUCAGAUUGUAUCAGUUUGUUAUCUACUGUGUGUUUUGGUUCAGUGUCACACUAUCUUUAUCAUUAUUCAGACACCCAUGACAGCCUGUUUUGAGGCAGUCAUCAUGAAGACAUCAGUGAACCUGCUGGCUCUCUUUCUCCUUCACGCCUGCUCUUCGGUCCCUGUCAGCCGACCCACCAACUGGCUCAGACAAUGUCGUGCCUCCACCAACCUCUCCAUCACAGCUCUGGAGGUGCUGCCGGGCGGAGGCUGGGACAACCUCCGGAACAUGGAUGUGGGUCGAGUCAUGAACCUCAGCUACUUCCAGUGCCAGACAACUGAGGAUGGGCUCUACCUCAUCCCGGAUGAGGUGUUUGUAAUCCCCCACAAGGAGACGGGCGUGGAGACAAACUCAGAGAUAAUCAGCUCGUGGCUGGAGCAGAAAAGCUCUACAUCCCAGACCAUUAAUGCGGACAUAUCCUUCUUCUCGGUUCUGAAUGGCAAAUUUUCUACAGAGAACCAGAGGAUGAAAACCCAUCAGGUCAAAGACUCUUCAACUACGACCAGAGUGCAAGUUCGUAACUUCAUCUACACAGUUAAGGCUUAUCCAGACUUCAAUCUGGAUUCACGCUUUGCUCAACAAGCCAAAGAAAUAGCUGAUGCAAUUGAAAACAACCAAACAAGGCACGCAGAUUAUCUCUCAGAAAAGAUGGUACUGGACUAUGGAACCCAUGUUAUCACUAGUGUCGAUGCCGGGGCCAGUUUGGUGCAGGAAGACUACCUCCGCUCUACAUAUGUAUCGGACAGUGUGUCGCAAAGUUCCACUAUCACAGCGCAGGCAGGCUUAAACUUUUUUGACAAACUCAAGUUUGACAUAAGCAGCACAAAUACCCAACAGAGCUCAGCACUUCAGACAUAUCAGUCCAAUAUUCAGUACUCUCUGACCCAAAGCCAUGGUGGUGGCACACCUUUCUAUCCCGGCAUCACUCUGCAGAAGUGGCAGGAAAGCACCAGGAACAACCUUGUUGCUAUUGAUAGGUCAGGAUUUCCCCUACACUACUUUAUAAACACCAACACCUUCCCAGAUCUGCCACAGCCUACAGUUGGCAAAGUGGCUCUCACGCUGAGUCAGGCCAUAGAGCGAUACUACACGAUCAAUACGCGGCCUGGAUGUGUCGACGUCAACUCCAAGAACUUUAACUUCCAGGCCAACAUUGAUGAUGCAUCCUGUGAGGGCCCUGCUACAAACCUCAGUUUCGGGGGCGUCUACCAACAGUGUAUUAAGCGCAGCUCAGAUGCAGGUCCACUAUGUGAUGCCCUGGCCCAGAAAAACCCUGAAACAGGUGACUUCUCCUGUCGUCCGCCAUACACCCCCACUUUACUGAGAUCUGAAGUGAGACAGCAGGCUUACACUUCGUACGAUUGCGUUGACCAUCAUUAUGGUUGUGGGUUUUUAUGGCUUGAAGAUUGCAUUAAUAGAGUGUGUCAGGACAACUACCACGUUCGCUCUGCUCGCAUUGACACCUACUGGUGCUCUGUAAAUAAUGGAAAGGCCCCAGACAACUCAGGGUAUCUGUUUGGAGGCAUAUACAGCCCUUCUCUGCUGAACCCUCUCACCAAUGCCAAAAGUUGCCCCUCAAACUUCAUUCCAGUAAAGUUUCUCUCGGACGGCCAAGUGAUAUGUGUGAGUAAUGACUAUGAAACUGCCACCAGAUACUCCGUACCAUUUGGAGGCCUCUUCAGUUGUCAGUCAAGCAACCCACUGGCAGGGUCCCAACGCCGCUGCCCUCCCAAGUUCAGUCAGCAUCUCGCCACAGUGAGCGACGGCUGUGAAAUUCUUUACUGCGUCCAGUCAGGACUGUUCACAGGAGGGCAGCUUCUCCCUAUCCAUCUGCCUCCUUUCACUAAACGCCCACUAGUCAGCAUGCAAGCCACAAACACGGUCAUGGUGAUGACUGAAGGAGACAAGAGUUGGGUCAGAGUGGGGAAGACCAAGGCAUGGAAACUGGCAAAACCAGAGGAAAUCAAUGACAUUGUGCGCCAGCUUAACCCAGAAUUGGGUCAGAUGUCUAGUGGAGAAAAGGCCGGGGUAGCCUUUGGUGUGAUCGGUAUGAUAGCACUGGUGGUAGUGGCAGUUUUCCUGCUGAAGAGAAGGAGGAGGAUGUCUGGGUUCAUGAGAGCUAGAGGCUAUGACGAAAUACGGGGAGAAGUAGAGCGCGAAGAUAGAGAGAGAGAGGCACAGCAAGAUGCGGCUUGAGGAAAAACACACAGCUCAGAGGCUUGGCUGCAGAAGACGGAUGUUAAUGCGGUGAGACAGAUUUAGUUUUUAACUUCCCUGCUGAUCGUCACCUCAGAAAUCACUGUCACGCAUCUUACGGAAGUGGCAAAUGUUUCACGUUUCUAGUUUCACAAGUGCUUCUAGUUUGAAACAGUUGGACUUUGCAUUAUGAUUCUUCUAAAAUGUGUAUGAAACUAAUAAUUCACACAUUUACCAAGUGCUAUGGAUAGUAAAUGUAAGUUAAACAAUACAUUUAUUGGAGUUUUUUUUUUUUUACUGAAAACAUUGUAUGUGCUUUAGCAGCUGUUUAAGUCAACUUUGUAUUUUAUUAUAUUGUUGUAUUAUAUUGUAUUUUAUGGCCUAUAAACAUCAUACUAUAUUACAUCUAACAGUCAUCAAUCUGCCUUUAAAAUCACCAAAUGACAAAAAGCAGAAGUUAUUUCAAAGGCCAUAAGUAACCCAAUACUGCCCUCAUGUGGCCAAGAUGCACAAUGCCAUGUAGUAUAUAAACAUUUUUAGUCCUUGCUUAAGAAAAUGAAUGCUUUGUUUGACUAUACCAUUUAUCAGUGGAUGUGGCUCAGGAGGUAGAGCGGGUAGUCCACUAAUCUUUAAGUUAGCGGUUCGAUCCCUGGCUCAUCCUGCUGCAUGUUGAAGUGUCCUUAAGCAAGAUGCUGAACCCGAUAUUGCUCCAGAUGUUGUGCAUCGGUGAGUGAAUGUGUAUGAAUGAAUUCCGUUUGAGAUGGCCUUCAUCAUCACUUUAUGAUAGUGUAUGAAUGAGCAAGCGCUGAGUGGUCGGAAGACUAGAAAAGUGCUAUAUAGGUACAGUUCAUUUACAUAAAACAUAGGGUUUAUAAAUAUGUUUUCAGAUAAUUAACAUUUUGCAAAGGUUUUUUUUUCUAAAUAUUAAUUCACAAUUCAGUAUUUUUGUACUAUGCUGCAAUGUAUGUUUAUUAAGCUCUUCUGCACUGCACUUAAAUACUAAUUAAAGAAAUUUCAAAAAAAGAAAA